GGCAGAGCCUGAGACGUCCAUUUUCACACAGAGCAGUGAUGGACUCAUCGGCGCCUCCUGGCCUCUCUCUGGUCUCCAUCUUGUCUCUGUUAGCAUGCAGUGGCCAGCUGUUGGCAGCUGUCCUGCUAACACGCAGGUAUUGUGGGCGGAGCUCUACACAGAACUGGUGGAUCUUGCUGUGGCUCUUUUAUGAUGUCAUUGUCCACCUGACGCUGGAGGGUCCGUUUGUUUACAUGUCUCUGGUUGGGACAGUGGAGGCUUCUGACGGGCCACUGGCUGAGCUCUGGAAGGAGUACGGGAAAGCCGACAGUCGCUGGCUGGUUUCUGAUCCGACGAUCGUCUCCAUCGAGAUCCUGACCGUCGUCCUCGACUCGCUGCUGGCUCUCCUGCUUAUACACGCAGUACUGAAGGACAAGUACUACAGACACUUCCUGCAGAUCGCUCUGAGUGUGUGCGAGCUAUACGGCGGCUGGAUGACCUUCUGUCCCGAUUGGCUGCUGGGCAGCCCUCACCUGAACACAUCCUCCGUGCUCUACCUGUGGGUCUACCUGGUCUUAUUUAAUGGAGUCUGGGUCCUGGUCCCAGUCCUGCUGCUGCUCCAGUCCUGGUUCAGCCUAAGGAGUCUGCACGUGCUCAGAGUGGACCAAAGCAAAGCAGCUAAAAGACAGUGAUGUCACUGAUAUGGUUUAAACUGAUCGAUGGCUGAGUCCGAGGAUCAUUUAAAUAUUCAUCUGAUGUCAGAAUCAAUCACCACGAUCAAUCGUUUGAAAAAUAAACAUUUUAUUAUAGAUACAGUUUCAGUGCCUUAAAUUAUUGCUUUGGAACAUCUAACCACAUCUCCCCUGUCUUCUUUGCACCACCAUUCACCUCCUCCCUCCCUCCCUCAGCUCCUUUGGAUCAUCUUGUUGACGGAGGUGAAGGCCUGCUGGAGGCCGAGUCCCUUCAAGGUGCUGCAGGCCUGAAUCUCCCAUAGUCUGUCAGUGACUAUAACUUUCUACAGGACUGAAUAUAAUAUCUUUAUGUAAAAGCCUGGAGCCUCUGGGGAGUAUCCGAGUAUUUAUAACAUUACACAAACCAAAGGUCUCCAUCACAGUGUUCAUGAAAUGCUUGGUUUAUUCAUUUCCUGCUGAAGAUUUCCCUGUGAGGGAGCUGCUGGCGAAGAUCAUGAGUCCUGCUUGAUCAAUGCGAUGAGCUUCAGUGUUCCUGGUGUUUCUUAAAUGAUGCCUUUCUCAGCGGGUCAACAGAACUUCUGGCACAGGACAGCUGUGAUGAAAGAAAGGGAAGAAGUUUCUCCAAACCUCUGGACCCAGAAACCCAGCUUGGUCCUGAUGGUCUCCCUCACUAGUUUCUCUCCAGGGUGACUGUAGCUGUUGAUAUAAUAUGGACUCUAUUAUUAAAUGAAAAGAACAAAUUAGACUACACUACUGAAACGUUCUGCUGAUGUUUUUAAAGUCUCCAUGUUACCAGGCUGUAGAGGGCUCUGAAGAUUUAAACAGAUUUAGAUCCA